CUUUUAUGAGUAUAUGAUUCCUUAUAUCUCUAUAAAGAGGUAUUUUAUGGACGUUCUGUAUCAAAAGGAGCCAGAAUGUAGUAUUUUUGAGCUUCCAGACGAGCUUUUGUAUGAUAUUCCAGAGAAAAAGCAGUAUUUAUACUCUCUUUUCCAGGGAUUUUUAGUUGCAUUUGAUGAGAAAAACAAUCAGGAUGAGUCAUAUAUGGAUCAGAGUAAAAGCGGUGUUCUGGUAAAGAAAAAUGAACUAGAAAAUCAAAGGGAGAAAAAUGAGAAAAUGACACUAAAUGAGUUAAAUAAGAAGAAGGAGGACAUUCUGAACAAUAUUGAUGUUAUAAAUAUCAAAAAAGCUCUUAUGUCUUCAAAGAUAAAAGAAAUUGAUGAAAAAAUCAGUGUUUUAAAUAAAGAAAAAUAUGAAUUGCUUAAUAAACUUCAAAAAUUAAGACGAAAAGAGGCAGAAACGAUAAAUACAUUAUGGGAUACAGAAACUAAAAUUAUGGACUUUAUUGAACAGAAAACUUCAGAGACAAUGGGAGACAUGAGUGAAACAAAAAUUCCUGAAAUGGAUAGUCCUAAGAAUUCAGAAUUUAUGUCAAAAAGUAUAUAUGAUAAAUUAAAUAGUCCCAAAAUUGAUUCAAAAGCAAUUCAGAAGAAUUCUAUGUGUAUACUUCAUGAACAAUUUAAACCAGGAUCAAAUGUCAAGAGUUGGAAAUCACAUACAGAAACUAUAACAGCGAUAGAUUUUGAUACACCCUUUGGAAUGAUGAUUACAGCUUCCUUGGAUGAUACAGUAAAAAUAUGGAAUCUUUUGAAUGGAGAAUAUCAAGGUUUAUUAGAAGGUCAUAAUGCGUCUGUAAAAUGCUUGCAAUUAGAAAAUAAUAUAGUUGCUACUGGUUCUAUGGACGCAUCAAUAAAACUAUGGAAUUUACAACAUAUAGAAUCUUAUGAUGCUAUUCAAUCUUUUGAAACAUUUAAUUAUGUUAAUGGGAAAAAAGAAAACAAUAUUCAUUUGCUACCUUUUGAUACGAAAAAAGUUACAAAUGAUCUUAAUAUAGCUACCUUAGAAUCUCAUAUGGAUGAAAUCACUGCUUUACAUUUUAUUGGAAAUGUUCUUGUUUCUGGUUCUAGUGACAAAACUUUAAAACAAUGGGACCUUGAAACGGGAAAAUGUGUACAAACUUUAGAUAUCCUUUGGGCUACAGCUCAAUGCAAUAAUUUAUUAUCAUCUUUAAAUAACUUUAAAUCAAAAUUAUCUUUUAAAGAAAAAGGAUAUGAUUUUGUUGGUGCUAUUCAAUGUUUUGACGCAGCUUUAGCCAGUGGAACAGCAGACGGAAUAGUACGAUUAUGGGAUCUUCGUAGUGGGUUAAUUAUAAAAACACUUUUUGGCCAUACUGCUCCUAUUACAUGUCUUCAAUUCGAUAAACAUCAUCUUAUCACUGGUAGUUUGGAUCGAAAUAUUAGGAUAUGGGAUCUAAGAAUUGGUUCAUUAUACGAUGCAUUUGCAUAUAAUGAUUCUGUAACAUCUUUACAUUUUGAUAGUAGAAGGAUUAUCGUUUCUGCAAAUGAACCUAUUAUUAGAAUAUAUAAUCGAAUUGAUGGGAAACAUUGGAAUUGUGGCAUGAUACCCGGUUCUAAUGAACCAGGAAAUAUUGUAAAAAGAGUUCGUCAUAAAGAAGGAUAUUUAAUCUCUGGCCGACAAAAUGGAACUAUUGAUAUUUAUACCUGUUGAUAAAUAUUUUUUAACAAAAAAUCACUUUUAUCUACAUAUCAAAAGA